UGAAGAUUAUACCUUCCAGCUUAACCUACAGGACUCAUUUUUCAAAUUCUUCUUAUCCAAUUCCAGUGAGUUUCCUGUUUCCGAUAUUGCUUUCCAUUUUUUGACGGAAAUUCGUGAUGUGCCUGCAAUCAACGUAUGUUCAGUAGCUCCACAUAUCGUCGAAAAAAUACGGGUUCUUAAACAUGUUAUCGUUCUACGAGAGAAAUUAUCUUAUAUGUGGGACUACAUCAAAGAUUGCCCGGAUGCCGAAGAAACGGUAACGAAAUGCGGAAAUCUCAGGACGCUGUUCACAUCACUAGAGCAACAUUUGCUGCACUCUUUGGAUCUAUUUUCCUUAACUGAUCUUAUACGUGUACAUAAUAAGGAUAUGAGUUCAUUGUUAGAGCCGAUAGUGUACUAUGCAAGGUGUCAUAUAGAAGCUUGUGAGGUAAGACAUUUCUUUAAGAAUUCUGUUAUUGGCGUUGGCGCAGAUGCAGAAGCAAAGAAGUAG